AUGUCGGCACGUGUUGCGGGUUACGCAGCCGUCGCAUUCUCAGUUUCCGCCCUAUUUUUGGUCAUCACUUUUGUGCCAGCGUUGUGGAAUAAGAUCAAUGACAUUACUGGUGAAUUGCAUUAUGAUAUGAACGAGUUCCGCGAUUUGCACAAUGAAGUUUGGGCGAAUAUGCGAGGAGAAACAUUUGGCGAAUCGGUUGUGCCAUUUGCAAGAAAGAAGAGACAGACUACAAGAGCUGGGGAAUGCUGUGAGUUUUUUUUUCUGAAAUUGAGCUCCAAAAUUAUUUAUGUGAAAAUAAAAUAACCUUCUUGCAGUAUGCGCAUCGAAUAAUGGUUGCCCAGCAGGUCAAAAAGGUCCACAAGGACUUCCAGGUCAAGACGGAACACCAGGCCAACCUGGAGAACCAGGAGCUCGUGGACUUCCUGGAAACUAUCCAUCAGUUAACAUGGAUGCUCAUCAACAAUGUAGAAUGUGUCCACCAGGACCUCCAGGGUUCCCAGGGCCAAUUGGACCACCAGGAACUCCAGGAGAUAAAGGAAAUGACGGAACUCCAGGACUUCGCGGGCCAGACGGACAUCCAGGACAUCCAGGAAACCCAGGAUACGGAGGUGAGCCAGGAGGACCUGGAAACAACGGAGCACCUGGAGAGAAAGGAAGAGAUGGAACACGAGGAACUAAGGGAGCACCUGGAGCACCAGGACAACAAGGACCACAAGGACAACCUGGAUUCCCAGGACAAGCUGGAAAUGAUGGAAAUUCGGGAGUUCCGGGAACUCAAGGAACACCAGGUGGUCCGGGAAUUGAGGGACCACCAGGAGCACCAGGAUUUGACGGACAACAAGGACCGUCUGGAACACCGGGAGAGGAUGCUAAUUAUUGUAAAUGUCCACCAAGAAGCAAAUUGUCUAGCAAAUAG